AACACUUUACCCAAAGCUAUCACUGUGCAAGCAAGGAAGAGUAAAGAUCUUAUAAACUUCGACAAACUGAAAAUAUGUCAGAUGCAAUUAACAUGAGCUACAUGAUGGAGUUCAAUGAAAAGCUCAAAAAUAAAACAUAAGAACAAAAGUUCUGUGGGCAGUAUGGUGGCUUGGCGGUUAACAUGUUUGCUGCUCAGUGCUAAGACAUUGGGUUCAUUUCUCCACCUGGGUAGAGUUUCCAUGUUCUCACUGUGUCUGCAUGUGUUUCCUCUGGGGGUCUCUGGUUUCCUCCCAGAGGAAAAUGGAGGUUUGGUGAAUUGGUUACAGUCAUUUGUGCCUGCAGGCCUAAUGAUGGAUGUUCCGGGUGUUCUCCUUCCUCCUUUCCCCUGCCCCUGAUACCCAGUGAUCUCAUUUCUGGUUGAGGGUAUGCUAUGUAUGACUGGCUGCCACUUCUCACUGGUGUGUGUUGACUGGAUGCAAUAGCAUUGUGUAGAGUGUUGAUUGUAAAGUAUCCUUAAGUAUGAGAAAGGUGCUAUAUAAAUGUAACAAAAAAAUACUACAUUUACACUAUGAUUGUCAUAGGCUCUUUACCAGAAACACCUGUAAUAAACCUGCAAUCAUUCUUGUGGGUGAACUUAGAGUGUCGGCACUUUUAAGUACACCAGUAUUUAUAUACAUUUUAUAGGUUUAUUGGUGUGCAGUUACAAAUUCUGUUGUGGUCAUGUGGCCACGUGCCCACCUUCAUCUUUGGAAUGAACAUUUGGAAUGUUUGGCAUCAGAUGAGCAAUAGUAUUUACACCUGAAACAAGGUUCUAAUUAGACUGUAUUUCUGCCAUUCUGCAAAUGUCUGGUGAGUGCAUAUGAGAGAGUGAAUAUGUAAAUUUGUAUCAAUUACCUUAAUUAGAAAAUGUCUGGUGAGUGCAUUUGAGAGAGUGAAUAUGAAAAUAUGUAUCAAUUACCUUAAUUAGCAAAUGUCUGGUGAGUGCAUUUGAGAAAGUGAAUAAGCAAAUAUGUAUCAAUGAUCUUAAUUAGGAAAUUUGAUUGUAUCUUACAUCUAGCUUACACUGAACACACCAGGGGCAUUGAUGUCUGUCCUGUGUUAAGCAGAUGUGUAGUAUUUGUGUCAUGAUUCCCCUUCUCUGGUGUUGUGGUUCCUUUAGCUGUAUUCCUUUGUUUUGGUUCUGUUCCUGGUUUAGCCUCGUUUCGUUUUUUUUUUUGUUUUUUUUUUCAUUAUUGGUCAUUGUACUGUGUAUUAUGUUCUACAUCUCUGUGUUUGAUGUUAUGGUUUCUAUAUCCUGGUUAUUCUGUGUUUGUAUGCCUCGUUUUCUACUUAACCUUCUCCUUGUUUUGUGCUUACCUUCUGUUUUCUGUAAUCGUGUAUUCUUGUGUGUUCUUGACUUAUAUCCAUGACUUUUCGACCUCAGACCGUUCUGUGGACUGUUACUGAAUUUGCCCUCAGUAAAAUUCACUCUACUUGCAUCCUGUCUCUGCUUAUCGAUCAUUACAGGCACAGUUUGUACAUGUCAGCUAAAACAGUCUAUGAAACAUUUAAAAAGGCACUGUGAAGAUCAAUUUUAGUAGUCUAUUAAAUGUUAUGUGUUUGGAAUAUAGAAAUGGUUCAUCAGGAGACGAAAGAGAUAACAUGAUGCAUGUGAAUCGUGUAUGUUUGUGUUUCCUAAACAGAUGAUUUUAAGCUCAUUGGACCUAAAAAUAAACAGGCUGCACUUGGCUCUCCUGCCACUCUCUCCUGUCACCUGUCUCCUGAAGUGAGUGCUGUUGCCAUGGAGAUCAGGUGGUUUAAGGGGACAGACUGUGUUUGCCUAUAUAAGAACAGACAGGUGACAGAGGGGAGGGGCUACGAGGGCAGAGUUAGUGUAUCCCCUCAGGAGCUGGAGAAGGGUGAUGUGUCUUUGCAGCUGAGAGAGUGUAGAGAGUGCGACAUAGGACAUUACUUGUGUCAGGUGAUCAGUGGCGACAAAGCAGAAGAAGUUACGGCAAGAGUGUGGUGGCGUCCUCUAAGAAGAUUGAGCAGGGAUGUUGUGUGUGGAGUUGUUCCUUAUGUCAGCAUCCAGCAGUGGGGAAGAAAAUGGACAGUAGAGGAGAGACUGAAAAUGGGGGAAUCAGCUCUCCUGACUGAAUAUAAAACGGAUGUAAAAAGCCUCAUGAAAGAACUUACAAAGAAGCAUAGCAUACUAGAGAAAACCAAAGAAGAGCUACAAAGCACCAAAGUGGAGUUGGAGGAAGCAGUGGUGGAACUGCGGGACAAGAAAAGGCAACUGCAGGACAUUACUCUCCUGCUGGAGCAGCAGGAUUCUGAGCUGGCAAAACACCCUGACCAGUCUGAAGAGAAAGAGACGCGUCUAACGAUGAGAGACACACGGCUAACAGAAAGAAGCCACCAGGUUCAAGAAGAAGACAGAUGUCUAGAGGAGAGAAGCAAGGGGAAGACAGAUCCAGGUUCAGCAGUCCCAGUUGGGAAAAGACACAGCAGGAAUUUGGAUCCUUUUCUUGGUAUAAAAUAUUCUAGUCCAGACUCUUCUCUACAAGAACUCAGGCUGGUGCUGCUGGGGAGGACUGGGUCUGGGAAGAGUGCAGCAGGAAACACCAUCCUGGGCAGAGAGGAGAGGAGCCAGGCUGGUCCAUCUACAGUGACCCAGCAGAGUGAGAGCAGACAGGGGGAGGUGGCUGGGAGGAAGGUGACUGUGGUGGACACUCCUGACUGGUUCUGCCCUGAAAUCUCUCUGGAGGAGGUGAGACAGGACGUGGGACUCUGUGUCCGUCUGUCUGCCCCAGGACCCCACGCCUUCCUCCUAGUCAUACCAGUGAAGGAGCCUGCAGGAGAGGAGAGAGGGAUGCUGGAGAAAUUGGAGGAGAUUUUUGGAGAGAGAUGUUGGAGAAACACCAUGAUCCUUUUUACUGUUACUGAGGAAAAGAAAAGUCCUGAACAAUUGAUUCAGUCAGAAAGUCAAGAAGUCCUGAGGCUUGUGGAGAAAUGUGGGAACAGGUUUCAUUCUUUCAACAUUAAGGAGAGUGGGGAUAGGUCUCAAGUCUCAGAGUUGCUGGUGAAGAUAGAGAAGAUGGUGGAAGGAAACAGAGAAAGAUUCUACAGCAGUGAGAUCUACCUGGAGAUAGAAUUUCAGAUAAGAGAACUGAAAACAAAAAUCAAUAGACGAAAAGAAAAGAAAAGAGAAGGGGAAGAGAGAGAACUGAAAGAGAAACUAGAUAAUGAGCUCCAGAUCUCUCUAAGGAAAAUAGAAGGACUGAUCCAAGAGCAAGAUAACGACAUUAGACAACUUCAGUAUCGAACAACUGAACUUGAAAAAAACAUUAAAGAAGAACAGGACAAAGAGAAAAAAGGAAGAAUGGAAAGUGAUCUGCAAAGAGAAGUGGAGAAGAGGACUAAAUUGGAGAGUAUGAUUAACAUACUGAAAGAAAAGAUGGAGUGGGAGAAAAGUGAACUGGAAGCAAGACACAGACGAGAGAUGGAGAAGAUCUGCAAGAUGUAUGAAGCAGAGUCCAGGGUGCAAAUUGAGAGGGACCUCAUGAAGACCAUCCUACCUGAAAUCCAACAGAUCAUAUUGGUCUCAAAGUCAAAAAUGCAGGAAGAGUUCAGUAGGCAGAUGGAGGAGAAGGAGAGGGAGUUAGAGAUAAUGAAACAAAGACUCUUAGAACUCAAAGAAGCUCAUUUACUCAGAACAGGUGUUUGUCAGGUGGUUAAGAUGAGCACUGAUCAGACAGAGACAAAAGACAAAGAAUCAGGACAGCAAACACAAGCAGAGUCCCUGAUGAAUACUGAGAAGACAGUAGAAGAAAAUGAAGAGAAAAUGCAGUGAGAUCUAAAUGGAGACAAAGCAUAAGAGCACGAAAUAAUGAAGUUGAAAAUGGUGUAAAGAAAAAUACAGUAGGAGAGGAUUGAGAUAGAGAACAGACACGGACAGAAGAUCAGAGAAUUACAUAAAGAAUAGAUACAUCAUAAACUUCACAGAAAUGUUUUGGACAAAGAUUAAAAAAACUUCAUCCUUCUUUAUUCUAGGUAGUAAAAGCAAAGCUGUUUCAAUUGUAAUAUUCAACAGUAAUUUUGUAUGUAACUAAGUAUAUCUUAAAAAGAUUUAUGAUAUGAUUUCAUGUCAGUUAAGGUAUGACAUUUGCACAGUGCAUCAUCUGUAGUUAGGUUUUUCAUGUAGAAAUAUUAAUUAGUUAAUAAACAGUAUAAUUUCUUAUAUUAGUAAUUUGAAAAAAAAACAUUAAUUAGUUGUAAAAUAAUUUUUCAUGAGUGUUGAAAUACUGCCUUACCCCUAAAAUUUUUACCCCUCAAUUUUUAAAUGUUUUUUUUCAAAUGGUGACUAACUUCAAAGUAGUGUCACCAAAAAAGCCUGUUAAGUUAAAUUUGCAGUCUGGUAACAGACAUGGGGGGGGGGGGUGUGUGCUUGAAUCAGGAAAGAAGCUUAGAGCAAUUUAUUCCUAUACGGUAACUAAAACAUAACAUGUAUCCAUUUUAUAGCAUAUCAGUUACACAUUAAGGUUAUAGAUUAAUUAAUAAUAUGUUGAUCUGAAACUCUGAUGAUAGAUCUCAACAUGUAAUAAACCCUGAAUUCCCUCUA